GUGGGGGGUGACAACAGCGGAGGGGACAGGCCAGGCUGCCAGCAGGUGGGCUGAUGCUGGCCAGGCUCCUCUGCACAGGUUGUCCCCCAGGACCAUGCUGAACGUGCUGCUGCUGUGCUGUGGGCUGCUGCAGGGGAUCCAAGCUGUCCUGGAUCUCAGGACUGCUGACCUCAGCUGUGGCCACCUGCAGAAGGCGAGCGGCGGGCUGGAGCGGGUGGACAGAGCCCGCCACACCAGCCUGCAGCGCAGAGUCAAGGAGGCGUCUGCCGAGCCGGCAGGAGCUCUCCCAAGGCUGGGGUUUGAGCAGAUGGCCCUGGGGGUCCAAGAAGCUGAUGGUGACCUUGUGCAGAGAAGCAGCCUGCUGGAACCACAGGCGUCGUCCACAGAACUGCAAGCUGAGGGCCGUGAGGAGCGCUCCCCCCGGCGCUGCGUCCGUCUGCUGGAGUCCUGCCUGGGCCACCAGAUCCCCUGCUGUGACCCCUGUGCCACCUGCUACUGCCGCUUCUUCAACGCCUUUUGCUACUGCAGGAAGAUCAGCACCACCUUCCCCUGCGGCAAGAACUAGUGCUCGUGGGGCUGCCAGCUCCUCGCCCCUGCGUGUGCCUCCUGCUCUGCAGCUCCAAUAAAGCAGCCCUUUGCAAAAGCCACUGCACAGUGGGAGUGGUGUGCUGUGUCUGCUCGGGCUCUCAGGGGACAGGGAGUGACAGCAAGGUGAGGGUGGCCUGUGCACAGCGUCCACACAUCCAGGACGCAUCCAUGUCAAACCAGAUGUGCCUCUUCUGGCUGUGUAAGUGUUGUUUCAGCAGCAGGGGUGCCCCAGGUGAUGUUCUGGCUAUGCUGCUGUUACCCACAAAAUCGGGUUCGUUCCUUGGUGUGCACCGAGCUGAUAACGACACACUUCAGAGAGAAAGUGAUUGUUUGUUUCAGAGCUGCCCCAGCCUGGGUGCUCGGUGUUAUUCCACAAAUCCAGCACACCCCACCAGACUUUCUGUGCCAUUAUUAACACGGAGAAGCUCAGGGUUGGUUGGUAACUUCCCAAGCGCAGCCUCACUAUGAAGAUUGGUUAGUAAUUUCCAUAGAAUUCCAGCUAACUUCUACUCAUGCUCAUGGGAAGGGU